UCUAGUGGCUGAACGACAUCACUGCCUGAUGACUACUGACUUGAGAAACGAGGGUUUUUUACAAGAUUUGACUUCAUUCAGAGUCAAACUGUUGAUCGCUGUGUAAUCUGACUAGAUCUCCUUGAGUUGGUCAAGUGUUGCCAGGUAACUUGUCUGUGAUGCCUUCACUGUCCAUCAGAUGUGUUCAUGUCCUCUGCUUCCACAGGGAGGAGAUGAUCAGCAUCCUGCUGCUUGUUGUCCUGACAGCCUCUGUCUGUGCAGGAUCUUCCUUUCUGAAUGUGAGACAGACUUCCUACGAGGCGGAGGAGAACAGGAACAUCAUGAUGGAGUGGAUCUUCACACCUAACUUGACUCUGACCAGCCUCAACAUCUACUGUGCCUUUUGGUUAUCUGAUGAGAUUUCUAAGACUGUCUAUCACUUCGUAAAAGGUGUUGAGCAGCCAGAAUCUCAGGAUCAGCAGUUUGCAGGACGAGUUCAUUUUGACCAAAACGACUUCACGAAAGGAAACAUCAGACUUCAUCUGUCCAGACUCAGGACUGAAGACUCAGGCAUCUAUCAGUGUGAAGUGUUCACUCUUUAUGAAGGGGGCGUCAAUGAAUGUUCACUCAGUGUGACUGCAGCCAGGAUUCAGCCCACAGCUGAGGAGACCCAGCCGGCAAGUCGGGGAAGGAUCACCAGGCCAUUGUCUUGGGGAACGAUCGGUCUCCUCAUUGGACUGGGACUUCAGUCGUUGCAGAGCUUCCCUCCCUAAUGCGCCCCACUGAGCAUGGACAGAUCUCUUGUGAAUGGACUUGGACUUGUCUCUCAUGACCAGAGCAACUGCAUUGGGUUGAGUGAACAGCCAUCUUUGAGGAACCAAUUGAAAAACUUAAUUGAGACACAGCGCAAUGAAGUUUUACUUGGUUUGCAUUUGAGUCCGUCCACUUUGGCAUGAGCUAGCGACCGAGGCCUUGUUCUUAUAACCUAGAAAACACUGUGACCAUCAUAUUCCCAGAUGGUGCCAGUCACCCUGAAUGGAACUGUUUACUUUUCUUUUUGUAUUGAUUGAAUUUGAUAAGUAUUUUUAUAUUGUUUGAUGUUUUUAUAUUGUUUUUUUUUAUAUAUAUAUUUUUUACUAAGACUGAGGCUGAAAUGUGAGAUGUGACACAGAGGGAAAACGCCCACCUCUUCCUGUUCUGUCAGUUCUAUUUACAGAUAAGACGUCACAGACAUCACCGCUUUCCUUUGGCCAAAUGAUCACAUUUCCUGAGACUCAUACAUACGUUUUGUUUCUCUUUAUACACUUUUGUAUUUUGUCAUGAGCCUGG